AUGACUCACUGUGGUCUCCUCGGACUCAAAGAUGCAGACACAUCUGGAGACAUCAGUACCAUCCGCGUCGAUCGAUUGUCGCCUUACGAUCAGUUGUCUCCCAUUCCCUACAACGGACAUAAUGUCAUUGUGAUAGUCUCAUACAUGCAACUAGCCGUUUGUGUCACCAUUCGCGAUGCUCCAGAAGCGGGGGACUCAAUUCGGGAAUCCUCGAACUCUAAGCCGAAAUGGCGGAUUCAGUACUUUGUUCUUCCUAUCCCGUGA